GUAUCAAAAUCACUUACGGCUCAAUAUUUAGGAACCAAAAAAGCGAAUAAAGUUUUCUCACAAGGUGAUUUUGAUCGUUCUGCAUUUACUUUCUCAAAUGGAGUAUUCUGCGAUACAAAUACAAAACGAUGCCAUGUAGAUCGAUAUUUUGACAAUGGACAUCGAAAAUUUAUUGGAACAUUUUGGCUGGUCUUUGGAGGGUGUGGUAGUGCAGUACUUGCUGCUGCUUUUCCAGAAUUGGGUAUCGGUUUUGUUGGUGUUGCACUCGCGUUUGGUCUCACUGUACUGACUGGUGCUUACGCAUUAGGUCAUAUUUCAGGUGGACAUUUCAAUCCUGCAGUAAGUAUAGGUUUAUGGGUUGGUGGUCGUUUUAAUGCAAAAGACUUAGCACCAUACAUUAUCGCUCAAGUCGUAGGUGGUAUUUUCGCGGCAUUUAUAUUGUAUUUGAUUGUACAAGGUCAAGCAGGAUUCACUGGUACGGGCGGAUUUGCAACAAAUGGUUUUGGUGAUUUAUCGCCUGGAAAAUAUUCUUUGGUUUCUGCAUUAUUAAUUGAGAUUGUCUUAACUGCUAUUUUCUUAAUUGUAAUUCUCGGUUCUACAGAUAAACGUGCACCAGCAGGUUUUGCGCCUAUUGCUAUUGGUUUGGCAUUAACUUUGAUCCAUUUAAUCAGUAUUCCUGUCACCAAUACUUCGGUCAAUCCUGCACGUAGUACAGCAGUGGCUUUCUUUGCUGAAACAGCUGCACUGAGUCAAUUAUGGCUUUUCUGGGUUGCACCAAUUGUUGGUGCUGUGAUUGGCGCUUUAAUUUAUAAAUGUUUUGAGCAAAAAAAUAGCCAA